AUAUCUUUUUCUGUUUCAGGACAAACUGUUGACCAAGCUCGAGAAAAACGAGCCGGAAUUAGCCUCCUCUCAAGAAGACGAGUGCGUGAUCUGUGUGAAUGCCAGAGCCACGAUGCAAACUGCUCCGUGUGGUCAUCGGGUCGUUUGCAGGCGUUGCUUCGUCAAGACGAUACAAAUGGCCGUGUCGCAGAGGCUUUUACCAUUGAGAUGCGUGAUAUGCAGAGCGAAGAUUCUACGUUUGAAACAAACCCUCAUCCCACGGGACUACUCGAUGUCGGGAAAGUCGUGGGUUCUGCCGCAAAGCGCCUCGGAGUACAAUAUGGGGGCAGGGGUGCCCGUUGGGGUGACCGGACCCGGCGGAAGGUGGGUGGCCGGAAGCGUCCCAGCCUCCGCCUCCCUCUACUCUAUGGCAAGCGGUUCAUCCUCUAUUUCCGGGGUGUCUUCCGUGUCUUCCUCGAGUUCGUCGUCCGCGAGUAGCACGGCAAGUUCCAAUCUGGGGAAACCUACGAGGGUGAGGCAACCUUCGGGCGCGACUUUGAGACGCUCGCAGACGCAAUCUAUGAAGAUGAGAAUUCAGGAGUAUCAAGAUCCGGUUCAACAGGUCGCCGAGGAGGAAGAGGUGAUGAGGGAAAAUCGUAGGUUGCCGCCUAUCAAGGAAUUCCAAAGAGAUUAUCGCGCGGGGAAAGCAUCGACUAGGAUAAGGUGGUAAAUUAAAUUGGAUUUUUCUUUUCUUUCUCUCUCUCUCUCU